CGGUCCUCCAAACCAUAGAGUUGGCCGCUCCUCUGAACACGUGACCCCACAGCCGGCUCUGAUUGGCGGGCGGGGCUGCGACGAGAGGAGUUCUCAACCAAUGAGAGCGCGGGGCGGGCUCUGGGUCACGUGAGCGGAAGGGAAGCGGGAGCGUCGCUAUGACGUCGGCGCUGACGCAGGGCCUGGAGCGGGUCCCGGCUCAGGCCGGGUACCUCGUCAUCAGCGACGGCGCCGUGCUGGCCUCCUCGGGGGACCUGGAGAACGACGAGCACACGGCCACGGUGCUGCAGGGGCUGGUGGCCACGGCCCUGGGGCUGCGCCUGCCCCGCGGCCACGAGCCGCCCUUCCGCCGCCUCUCGGUGGUGUUCGGCGAGCACUCCCUCCUCGUCACCGUCUCGGGACAGAAACUCUUCGUGGUCAAGCGCCACCACCACGUCCAGGAGCCGGUGGCCGUGUGAGGAAUGUCCCCAAGUGUCCCCAAGUGUCCCCAGAGGAGGUGGCACCGCCCGUUCCUGUCCCCGCAGUGUCCCCAGGUCCCCCCCGUGGGGACAAUAAACGACGUCCAGGGGUG